GUCAUAUUCUUGUAUUGCAUCUGGAAAAUAAUAUAUUGGCAGUGCUGAGUAGAAGUGAAUUGAAACAUGCAGAGGUACUGUGAUUUGUCAAACAUUUAAACGUAAUUUGGAGGUGUUAUAAUAUAAGGAUGAAGUAAAAAAAUUUGAUCUACGAUGAUAUCACAAAAUAUGUGAUAAUUAUGCGUUUUAAGUUUAUAAGAACGUUAUUAGUGCUUGCACUACUAGCUAAUAUCAUUGUGUGGCACAGAAUAUGGAGGUUAUUUUCAACGCAAAACACUUUGCGGUUGUUGACACCAACUACCGUAACACCUGAUCCUCCGCAAAAACUUCAUCGGCGAUUAGCUCGAUUAGUAACUGUGGUUAUACGACAAUUUGAAACCUUUGAAAAUGAUGUAACUUCCACUGUAGAGUCUGUGUUAAGUCUUUUUCCUACUAUACCAAUUUUAAUAGUAAGCAAUGAAUUACCAUAUCCUCCACUGGAAUUGGACUUCGCAAAUGAAAGCAUGCAAAAUGUUAAACUAAUAAACUUGCAACCGGAAUUUAAUAGAUCUUACGAUGAAAGAAAUCCACUAUUUUAUAUACGUACAAAGUACGUUUUAUUUUUACCUGAUGGUAGUAGGCUUCCUACCAAGCAAAUCAUGGAAGAGACUGUAUCACAAACUACAAAAUUAGGUGCUGUAGGUGUACCAGUAGGAAGUAUAACUUUAAAUUGUGUCAAUAUAGAUUUAAAAGUAAAAGAAUGGAGUCUGAAGUUCUCAUACACAACGGGCACUGAAUGUGAUGGAAUAAAUGGAAAACAUGCUACAAUGCUUGAGACAAAAUUAUUACGAAAAUUAACUGAUCCUUUCUUAUUACCUUUUAUGGAUGCAUUAUAUAUUCAAACAACUGCAUUAGGUGUAAAGAUUCAUAUGUUGUCAGAUUAUCAUUUCAACGAAGGAAAAUCAUCGUAUAAAGGUACACAAUUCUUAUGGAAGGUACAACAGCUACAUAAAGAUCAUGAACGAUCUAUGUUUGAAAAAUUGGGAAUUAAGAAGGUUACAAGAGCUUCCAAUUCUAUAGAAUGGUAUGGCUGUUCUAGAGAAAGUAGUAGAUGUUUUGGACCAGUCAUAAAUGGUAUUCCAUCUUAUCUUUAUCAAAAUCGGUUUACUCCACCUUGCUGCAUCUCAGGAUUGAGAAAAGUUGCUCAUCAUGUGUUUGAUAAAUUAGAAGAAGUUGGUAUCAGAUAUUGGUUAGAAAGUGGAUCUUUACUUGGUGCUAUGAGAAAUGGUGAUAUUUUACCAUGGGAUCAUGAAGUACAAAUAGGAGUAAAUCGUGAUGAUCUUGAGAGAUCAUCAUGGUUAAUUAAAGCCAUGGAUAAACCUGUUGUUGACAAUCAUGGUUUUGUCUGGAAGAAGGCAACAGAAGGUGAAUUUUUUAAAGUACAGUAUUCGAAGGUAAACCAUUUAACUGUAAACAUACUUCCAUUUUAUGCAAAAAAUGGGUCUAUGCUUAGAGAUGCGUGGUUUUUAAACAAUAAAGAUUUUCCAGAGCAAUUUCUUCAUCCAAUGUCAAGUAUUGAAUUUGCUGGCAGACAAGUGCCAUGCCCAAAUAAUAUUAGGGAUCUUUUAGAAUUAAAAUAUUUCAGGGGUGUGAUAGAAAAUCCAGAACUCCCUGGUAAAAUUUCUUUUCAAGAGUUUCUUCAUUAAAAGUUAAUCUUGUAGUAAGUCAUAUAUGAAAUUGGGAAAGAAAUUUUUCCAAAAUACAUAAUUUAAAUUACCUAAUCUAUAAUUAUCUCAUCUACAAAUAUAUUUAGGCUUUACAAUCUUUUUCCAUAAUUUUAAUCAUCCGAAUUAGUAUAUCUUAUGAAAAAAUUGUAUUGGGAAUACAUUAUAGCAUUUUCGAAUGAGAAAUAUUAUUUUCCGAUAUUUUAUAAGGUUACGCGAUUGUAUGCUAGAAUAAGAAUUAUUACUAAUUUGGCUAGAGAUUUAGUAUGAGAACAAAGGGAAGGUUCUAUAAAAUGUCCUUAAAAAUGUAGAUGUUAUAUAUUUUCUAACAUUUAUAAUAAAUAUAUAGGUACUUAAAUUUUAAUUGUAUUUAAAUAAUUGUGUAUUGGAGAUAAAAAAUUUUCUUUUUUUGUUUCAUUAAUAAUGAAUUGUCAUGAUAUCAAGUUCCUAAGAAAGAUUCAGAUUGUUUUAAAUGUAAUAUAGUAAUGAAACUUGUUGGUUAGAUAAUUAUAAAAUAUGUUUUUUUUUUUGUAAAAGGAAUAUAUUUUAUAAAUUGAUAUUAUGAUUUUAAUUUCUUACAUAUGCAUUGUCAGUAUUAAUUAUAGUAUUAAAUGUUUCAUUUUGAUUUCGUUUUAUACAACAAAUAGAUGUGCCAAAGAUAUAAAAAUUAUUUAUUUUAAUGAAUAAUAUACUUUUUAUAUUUUUAAUAUGUAUUUAUAAUUAAUAUUUUUGUAUGUUAUUUAGUAUUUUUAUAUAUUAUUUUAAAAUUAUUUCUAUUUAAUAUUAUAUGUUCUUAAAUUGUUUAUAUAUGAAUAGUAAUAUUUUUUCAUAUACAUCAUUUUUCUUUCGAAAAAAUAAUUUGUUUAAUAACAUUUAAUUUGAUAUAACAAUUUAUAUACAAAUAUUUCUUUGAUAUUAAAAAGGUAAUUAAAGAUAACAGACACUGUGAUAGCCAGUGCUUAAUACAUUUGAAAUAUCAGAAAAUAAAAUUUGUGUAAUAAUAAUGCUUGUAUUAAGUUUACAGGAAAUUGUGCAUACUGUUGAAUUAAAACUUACUGAAUUAAAUCAUUUUUUAAAACCAUUAAUCAAAUUUUUCUUUAUAAGGGUAUUACAAUUUCACUUGGACCAUGUUUUCUUAUAAUAUUAGUUAUUAUUAAAUAUGUAACUCGAUAUUUACAUUGAUAUUUUCUUAAUUAUUAUCCUCUUUUAAUACAUAUUAAAUUUAAUAUACAAAUUUAGGUAAUAGCAAAUAUUAUUAUAUGUAUACAAUUAAUGUAAACUAUUUCUGAAAUCACUAACUUAUUCUUUAAAAGUAUUUAAAGAUAAAAGUAUUUAAAGACUUAUUAUGAAACUGUGUGGUACUGUUAUAUAUGGAAUUGCAAAAACUUUAAUAAUUCUGUUUACAAAGGAAUGUAUUAAAGUAGUUUCAUAAUCGUUAAUAAUUGCUUCUAGUCUAGAAGAGAUGUUAUAGUAAUUAUAUAGAUAAGUUUAAAUUUGUAAAUCAUUCUAAAUUUAGUGCCAAUUUCUUCAUAUAAAGACAUAGAUAUUAAUAUGUAUUUUCUGUUAUAGCAAAUGUUAAUAAAGUGUUGAUGUUUACAAAAAA